CCUAAAUUAGCAUCCGAAACCUGGAGUGGACAAAACUCAUAACAACUGCAUGUCUGAAUACCUGAUAUGACAGUUCAGUUAGGUACCUAUUAUACCAUUUCUCUGGUGAAGGCUAUUCAGCAGUGGUGACCUCUUCCAAUCGAACACUCUACAAAUUAUUAUCUCUGGACUCCCAGCUGACACCCUGCCAGAGGCUAGAGCUACUGAGCCAACUGGAAUUGUACCUGUUUUCUUGUCAAGGUUUUUUCUUACACAGGGAAAAAAGAAAAGAUGAAGUUGGGCAGAGUGGAGUUCUGCCAUUUUUUGCAGAUAAUAGCUCUUUUCUUGUGCCUUUCUGGGAUGAAUCAAGCAGAACUUUCAAGGUCCAGGUCAAAGCCCUACUUUCAAUCAGGGAGGCCGAGAACCAAGCGCAGCUGGGUGUGGAAUCAGUUCUUUGUGCUGGAGGAAUACAUGGGUACAGACCCUCUCUAUGUAGGAAAGCUUCACUCUGAUGUUGAUAAAGGAGAUGGCUCCAUCAAAUACAUCUUGUCAGGCGAAGGGGCAAGUUCCAUUUUCAUUAUUGAUGAGAACACGGGGGAUAUUCAUGCUACAAAGAGGCUGGAUCGGGAAGAGCAGGCCUACUACACGCUCCGAGCACAAGCACUAGAUAGGCUGACUAACAAACCCGUGGAACCAGAGUCGGAAUUCGUCAUUAAGAUUCAGGACAUCAAUGACAAUGAACCAAAAUUUCUGGAUGGUCCUUAUACGGCGGGUGUUCCUGAAAUGUCUCCUGUGGGUACUUCUGUGGUGCAAGUAACAGCCACUGAUGCAGAUGAUCCUACGUAUGGCAACAGUGCUAGAGUGGUUUACAGUAUUCUGCAAGGACAACCUUACUUUUCUGUGGAGCCCAAAACAGGUGUUAUCAAGACUGCUCUCCCCAACAUGGAUAGGGAAGCUAAGGACCAAUAUCUACUUGUCAUUCAAGCAAAGGAUAUGGUUGGGCAAAACGGUGGACUAUCUGGGACCACAUCUGUUACUGUCACAUUAAUGGAUGUCAAUGAUAACCCACCCCGCUUUCCACGUAGGUCAUAUCAGUAUAAUGUUCCAGAGUCCUUGCCUGUGGCUUCAGUGGUGGCCAGAAUAAAAGCUGCAGAUGCUGAUGUGGGAUCUAAUGCUGAAAUGGAAUAUAAAAUUGUGGAUGGUGAUGGCUUGGGAGUUUUCAAAAUUACUGUUGACAAAGACACACAGGAAGGAAUCAUUGCAAUUCAAAAGGAGCUGGAUUUUGAAGCAAAGACAAGCUAUACCCUGAGGAUAGAAGCAGCAAAUCUGCAUAUUGACACUCGGUUUCUAAGCCUGGGACCCUUUAGUGAUAUGACAACAGUGAAGAUAAUUGUAGAGGAUGUGGAUGAACCCCCAGUUUUUACCUCAAGAUUAUAUUCCAUGGUGGUGUCGGAAGCAGCAAAGGUUGGCACCAUCAUUGGAACGGUAGCAGCCCAUGACCCAGAUGCCUCAAACAGUCCUGUCAGGUACUCAAUAGAUCGAAACACUGACCUGGAGAGAUAUUUCAAUAUCGAUGCCAACAAUGGAGUCAUUACAACUGCCAAGUCUUUGGAUAGAGAAACUAAUGCUGUUCAUAACAUCACUGUCUUGGCUAUGGAGAGUCAGAAUCCAGCACAGAUUGGAAGAGGUUAUGUGGCUAUCACUAUCCUUGACAUUAAUGACAAUGCUCCUGAGUUUGCCAUGGAGUAUGAGACCACUGUCUGUGAAAACGCUCAACCUGGCCAGGUUAUCCAGAAAAUCAGUGCUAUUGAUAAAGAUGACCCACCCAACGGCCACCAGUUCUACUUCAGUUUGACAGCAGAGGCAGCAAAUAACCAUAAUUUUACACUGCAAGAUAACAAAGACAACACUGCAACAGUGCUAACCAGGAGAAAUGGAUUCCGGAGACAGGAACAGUCUGUUUUCUACUUGCCAAUAUUCAUUGUGGACAGUGGCUCUCCUUCGCUUAGUAGCACUAAUACCCUCACCAUUAGAGUGUGUGACUGUGAUGCAGAUGGCAUAGCUCAGACUUGCAAUGCAGAGGCAUACAUCUUACCUGCAGGACUUAGCACUGGAGCACUUAUAGCCAUACUUGCCUGUGUUCUGACAUUGCUCGUGCUUGUCUUGCUGAUUGUUACCAUGCGACGACGGAAAAAAGAGCCACUCAUUUUUGAUGAGGAGAGAGAUAUCAGAGAAAACAUAGUCAGAUACAUGAAGGAAAUGAAGCAUGGAAAUGGAGAAAUUACAGUAAAGCAAUCGAGCCCACCGUUCAUCUCGCAGAAAGGAGCACAGCUACAAGGACACCGUCAUUCUUCUGAGCCAUUACAAAGUCUGAGACAUAUGAAUAAAGUAUUUGUACAUCACAUUUUUGAAAGAACACUACAGAGGGGUUGGGAGUGUCUUUAUGCAAGAUUUAAUUUUCAAGGUGACAUGUCCUAUAUGCUCCGGAGACUUUAAAGACCCUGCUUUUCCCCCUUCUCUUUUGCUGCUGAUGAAUCACAGUAAAAGGCUAUUUUAAAUUUCUUUCAUAUGCUAAGUAAUGUAAUAUUAUUAACUCCAGAAUCCAUCUUUAGAUCCUGAUGCACACAAGUAUUUUCUCCAAAGGAGUUCACUUCACAAUACAAAAUUUCUACACUGGUUCAGGCGUGCCAAAAUAGGACAAUUGCUGUCAGUUAAAAUACUGUAUGAUUUUGAAGUAGGAUUUCUUAGAAUAAGACAACUUUUUAUGAUUCUGACAAUAUUUAUAUGUCAUCUUUCAUGAUUUAUUAUUAGAUAAUAAGGCAAGUAAAAACUGUUUUCUUUUAGUAUUCUUUCAGAUUUUUUUUUUAAGAGAAUUUGUAGGUGACUUCCUAGAUAAGAAUCUGAUCCUGCAAACUUUUCAGUGUGGUUUAAUUUUCUGUGACUUGAUGUUAGUAGGGCAAUUCACAGGAAUGCACAAUUGUUUGCAGGACUGGGCAUGUGUCUGCAGAUCGUAGGCACUCCGUAGGGGAUGCUGCUUACUCUGAAAGUGCUUCUUUCUGAAAAGGGGAUCCUUGUAUAAUUUCUAACAUAUGGAUUAUACAAGGAUGGGGGUAAAUAUCCUUUAAGGCUUUGUAAGUCUUGCAACCCAGCAUUAUCAAUUACCUAUGUGAAAGUGGCCUUCAGUUUCAUCCAAAAAAUGUAAUAAUUUGCAACACAGUUCUUUAAUUUGGGUUAUAUUUUGGUAGACAGUCAUUAUUUCAUGAUUUAGUAGAUUUUCUUCUAAUUGUAUUAAAUAUAUAAAUAUAUAUAUAUAAAUAUAUAUAUAUAUAUAUAUGACCAAUUUUGUAAUGGAACUGAAAGAUAUUGCCCAUGACUUUUAGUCAUAUAUGUAAGAUUUUCAAUAAAAAAGUGGGAAAAAAGGAUCAAGUGUAUGUAGUUCAAUAAAAGCCAGAAGUGCAGCAGCAGUUAAGUAGGUACUAAGUCAGCAAAGUGCUGAAAGAACAGUUUUAUAAUAAUCUUGUGUUGUUUGCAGGAAGAUAACAUAAUUCAUGCAUUUGGAUUAUGAUGGCAAAAGUGCUGAUUUUAGCACAUAUCACUCAAAGGUGAUUUCAAUUUAAGUAAACAUCACAACUGCCUUGCUUUUCCCAUUUUAUAUUUUAAAACAAUUAUACCCUUCUCUUAUGAAAUAUAUGUUGGCUUUGCUCUUGUUUGCUGUACGAUAGAUAUUUAUUCCAUUUUUUUGCAUGUAUCCAUUUUCUACUACACAUUUGAAGGUGAUUCAGAAACUCGACUAUUAUUGGCUUUUUGGCUGGGUAUAAAAUUGGUAAAAAGGAGGGAAGGAGGGAGGGAAAUCCCUCAUUUUUUAUGAGAGAUGUUUGUUAUACAUGAUAAAUAUAAUGCAAAAUU